AUGGCCUGCUCACAGCGCAGCUUCCUGUCUAACUUUAUUCUGGCGGAUGCAGCGGUGUUACAGUGUUACAGGCGCUGCUUUGACUUUGACAGAUGUGCCUCCAGCCGACGUCUUCUCGUUGGGAGCUCGCUACAGGGUCCACUAGAUGAAAUGGCGGUGAGGCAGAGGAUUUUCAACUCCACGUCCCCCUUCUCCGGGACGUCCCAGGUCGAGCUGAAGGGGUCGUUCCCGGUCACAGCCUCGGAGCAGGACACGGAGGACGAGGACGAAGACGCAAAUAUCGACAAGAGGAACCUCACCCAGUUCACCCCUUUACUCCAAAAGCUGUGGACGUACGGGACAGCGGAGCAGAUAGGAGAGGGGCCCCUGAAGACCUCCAGCUUCAUCGCUCAGGCUGAAUGUGAAACCCAGGACUCUCAAGAAUUCAGUCCAUCUUACUCCGAAUGCUAUGUGCCAUCUCCAAACUGCUUCACAAUCCGGCAUUCCUCUGAGCCGAACAACGUCGCCUCCCCGGCCCCUGCGUCCAUCCAGGAGCUGAGCGGGCCUUCAGCACACAACGCUGCGAGAAAGAAAGCGCGCAAGAAGCAAAGACGCAAAAGCAAAAAGAAAAACGAGAAGAAGACAGAAGAGCGCCAUCGCCAAAGAGUGCCGUCAGGAGUCCCCGAGCAAGAGAGUGGGAGCUCCCUGCGCUGGACUCAGGAAGAGUCUUUCUCUGGUUGCAGCAGUGACCUCAGCAGCUCCUGUUGCAGCAGCGUGGAGUGCUCCGAAGUACAGAGUGCGCAGACAUUUUACAGUAAACCAGUGUAUAACAUAAGCUCAGCCGUUCCCUGGACCGCCCCCGUCCCGGCCUGUGGCUUCCUGGGCUCCUACGGACAAGAGAGCGACUCGGACUCCUCCAGCAGCGUCGGAGACUGUUCUUUGGCUUUGGCAGGACUCCGGGGCAGCGUCAGCCAAGGAGACCCAUGCUUCGCCGGACCCUUCUUCAAAGAUUUGGAGAAGGACGUACAAGAGCAAGAGGAAGAGUUGUCGACGUUUUAUUCAGACACAAAUGAGGGGUUGAUAUUUUACAAAGAGACAAUCCACCCCGUCGACUCUGAAUACAGGGAGGGCAGGGAGUACAUCUUCACAGACUUCAUCAAAGAAGGCUCCUAUGGGGAGGUGCAUAAGGCUCGGGAUGUGAACACAGGCUUCACUUUCGCUGCCAAAAAGAUCGCUCUGAAGAGGUUCAACAGUGAGGAGGUGGGUGCGUGGAGUGCCCUCAGAUCCUCUCGUGUGGUGGAGCUGUUCGGAGUCGUCAGAGAAGGGCCUAAUGUCGUGCUUUUCAUGGACCAUAAAGCAGGCUCGUUGGGGCAGCUGAUCUCAGAGCGGGGGCGGCUUCCUGAGGACCUGAGCCUGCAUUACCAGUGUCAAGUGUUCACUGCCCUCGAAUACUUAGUGAAGAAAAGAGUUGCUCAUCUGGACAUGAAAGCUGAUAACGUCUUACUGUCGGCUGACGGCAGAGACACUUUUCUUUGCGACUUUGGACACGCGGAGAGACUGGAUAAGCAAGGACACAGCCUCAGCAGAUCCAGAGAGUUGAAAGGUACAGAAACGCACAUGGCCCCUGAGAUAGUGAAAGGUGAAGCCAGAGGAGCUAAAGCAGAUGUGUGGAGCAGCUGCUGUAUGUUUCUUCACAUGCUGAAUGGCCGUCAGCCGUGGACCCGAUAUUACACCUGUCGCUUGUACCUCAAGAUCGCAAAUGAACCACCGCCUUUGAGAGAAAUCCCACCAGACUGCAGCGCGCUCACUGUGGAGGUGUUCAAAGCCGGAUUACACAAGGACCCAGGGAAGAGAGCGUCUGCCUCUGACCUCAAAAUGAAAACUGCCAGAGCGUUACAAGAAGUGGGAGGCCUGACCAGCUCCGUGAAGGGACCAUACACUGAGCCGCUGUUCAAUGUCAACAAACCUCCAGACAACUUUUUACAUGACAGUGUUCAAGACACGAGGGAGCGUCCAGGAUCUGACAAAGUGUGGAGUCUGGACAAACCAAAGAGAGGGAUUGGAGACGAUAAUCCACAUUCUGGUCCAUUAGACUUGUGCCAUAAAGAGCCUCUUAUUGAAUCCCCUCAGAAAACAAGGGACAGAGAGACCCCUGUUCCAGAGCUGGAGCUGCGGAAACUAGAAAGAGAUUUUUACUUGAGCAGCCUGUCACAGCUCCAUCCAGCUGAGAUGCAGGAGCAGCUGUUGUCUUGUAUCGGCAGUGACUACUCCAGUAGAGAUCCUUGGGAGAAAAAGGACUCUGGUCGCUGGUCCCUCAGUCCAGGAGACGACUUCAGCUCUGGUGUUUACUCCUGCAGCAGUCUGACAGAUGGACAGGUGUUCAGCAUGGACUUUCUCUGUCCCUCACAAUUUCCACCUCCCUGCUGUUUUGAAGGAGUGGAUGUGUGCAUCAAAGAUUUCAGUCGUAAAAGUAUCCAGAUCAGAGAAGUCCGGCGUGUGACAGUGGGCCACAUCGCCACAGGCAUCAGUGACCAGAUCUCUGAGAGGGUUUUUACUUUAGAGACACACACAGGCCAAGGGAUCAGCCAUACGGAGGAGGUCCUGGAGUCUGGACUUGACCUGUGCUGUACGGCGGCCCCUGACUUUAGUCCCACCUGGAGAUGGAGAGUCAAAGAUGGAUUCCUCGAAACCAGAUAG